AUGGCAUCCGUAAUAACAUUGCCGUUCACCCUACCCUCCGCCCCAUCAGGCUGGACCAAACCAUCUGCCUCCAAACCCUCAGCCCCUACUCAAUUAACUCUGUAUCCCGCCGGUCCAUCGUUCAUCGGUGCAGCCAGAAGACAAAUACUCCAACGAUCAUUUGAAGAAGAUGAUAAAAACAUCAUCAAAGCUAGAGAAGAAGCCGAAGCUUCAAACGUAGAUAAAGGUGACGGAUCACUUUAUCCAGGUUUAGGUGAAGAAGAAGAACCUCAUCAUGUCUUGUCUCAAGAUCCAAAAGAAUGGAAAAAACAAGAUCAUUAUGCCGUUUUAGGUUUAGGUCACUUGAGAUAUAAAGCUCAUGAUGAACAUAUUAGAAUCGCUCACCGAAGAAAGGUUCUCAGACAUCACCCUGACAAGAAAGCUGCUCAACACGGUGCUAAUGAUGAUUCAUUCUUCAAAUGUAUCCAAAAAGCUCACGAAACUCUUACUCACUCUGACAAGAGAAAACAAUUCGAUUCAGUCGACUGGAACAUCGAAGAUGAAGUACCAGACCUCAAGUCACUCUCACCAGAAGAAUUCGUUUCUACUUGUAACAAGAUUUUCUCUAGAGAAGGUAGAUUCUCAAGAGUUCAACCCGUUCCUGAAUUCGGUAGCUUGGAUGCUCCUAAAAAGGAAGUUGAAGGAUUUUACGAUUUCUUCUACAACUUUGAUUCUUGGAGAUCUUUCGAAUGGCACGACAAAGAAGUCAACGAAGGUUCUGACAACCGAGACGACAAGCGAUUCACUGAAAAAAAAAACAAGUCUGAACGAACUCGAAGAAAGAAGGAGGACAACACCAGACUCCGAACCCUCGUUGACCAAGUUCUUGCUUUGGACCCUCGAAUCAAACGAAUCAAGGCUGAAGAGAAAGCUGCCAGAGAUGCUAAGAAGAAGGGUAGUGUAGCAAACGGUGCUCCUAAAGCUUUGACUCCAGCUCAAAAGAAGGCAGCCGAGGAACAAAAGAAGAAAGAGGAAGCUGAGAAGAAAGAGGCCGACAAAAAAGCCAAUGAGGCUUCCAAGGGAGAUAGAGAAGCUGCUAAGAAAGCUAAGGAAGCAGCCAGGAAGAACUUGAAGAAGUGGAAGAAGUCAAUCGCCACUAUCAUCUCUUCUUCAAAUUACUUCCAACCUGAAGGUCAAUCACCUUCAGCUGCAGUAGUUGAGAAACAACUCGCUGAACUUGAUAUCCUCGUUGAUAUCCUCGAACCUGAGGAGGUCAAAGAUCUCAAAGAGAAAAUUGAAAAGGCCGGAAACGGUGCACCUGCUAAGGCUGCUUUAGUAGAGAGUGUCAAAGCUGCUGGUGCAAAAGGUGAAGGUAAAUUCACAGAAUUUGCUUAG